UGGUGUGUCUCUCUUCAGCCAGAAUCAUAACCGAACUUAGUGAAGAGAUGCCCUGGAAACUCCUCUUUUUUGUAACUGGCUCCUUGGCAAUACCAGCUCCUUCCAUUUCCCAGAUCCCUCCAUACCCUAGCAAUCCAGGAGAUCCCAUCCACCUUCAAUGUGUGGCCCCCUCUAGUUUUCAGGAGGCUGAGUUCUCACUAUUCCAUGGAGAUGGGUUGGUCCAGACACUGCAGACAGAUAAGGCCCAACAGGGAGUUGUUUUCACAGUGACCAAUGUGAGUGAAGGCCUUUCAGCACAAUACAAAUGUCAGUACAGUGUGAUGGGGGAGAUUGCCAAGCAAUUUUCAGACUUGAGCGAGCCAGUGAAUGUGACCUUUUCAGAGCCCUCUUGGAUCUUACCACUCUCCCUGAGUCUGGCUGGAGCAUUCAUCUUCAUUGUGAUGCUGGUUGUGGCCAUUCUAAUGAUUAGAAGAGUUAAAGUCACAAACCUUCAGAAAAAAAGAGAACAAGAAUCCUGCUGGACAAAGAUAAAUUAUACUACUUCAGAUAUGUCUUUUGAUAACUCUCUAUUCUCCAUUUCAAUGAAAAUGCCCCCAGAAGACAUGGAUACCCAUGGCACUUUUACCAGCUCAACUCUGGCUCCAGAACCCCUUGUGCCCAGGAAGAGGCCCACAUCUACUUCUUCUACCUCUGAGAUACCUGAAUUCAGCACCUUCAGGUCCCUUGAUUGA